CAUUUGAAGCUUUGUAGUCUAUUUCACUGAGCUGCUGUCUUCAGUUGCUCGCUGCGGUUCCAUUGAGUCGAAAAAAUAUAUACCCCGCUUUGAUAACGCCCACAACCGCCUAACGACUUUUUUAUCCGUCUUCCACGACCUCUCUAUUCUUCGUGAUACCCAUUCUGCUGAGCGCCCUUUUCACACCAACAAAAUGGCGACCCUCGAUCCUAAUGUCCCCGUUUCCUCCCUGCCUUACACCUGCAACACUUGCCUAGUUGCUUUCCGCAGCAGCGAUGCGCAGCGGGACCACAUGCGCAGAGACUGGCACUUGUAUAACAUGAAGCGUCGGAUUGCAUCUCUCCCUCCCGUGGCCCAGGAAACUUUCAACGAGAAAGUCCUUGCCGCCAAAGCAACUACCACUGCCGCCGCCGCCAAGGCCGCCUUCGAAACGACUUGCGUUGCCUGCCAGAAGACCUUCUACAGCGAGAACUCAUAUCAGAACCAUGUCAAGAGCUCAAAGCACAAGGCUCGGGAAGCACGUAUGAAGCGGGAUCAUGCCGACGACGCAUCGUCGGUCAUGAGCUCCACCUUCUCGCUGGGUGAGCCUAUCAACAAGCCCCAGCGUGUCGGAGAGGCAGAGGUUGCCAAAGUGGCCGACACUCUCAAGGAGGCCACUAUUCAGGAAGAAAACGAGGAGGCUGAAGAUGAAGAGAUGUCCGAUGAUUCUUUCUCGUCGGCUCGUUGCCUGUUCUGCCCUAACCAGGCAGCGGAUGUCCAGGAGAACACGGAGCACAUGCUGAAAAUUCACGGCAUGUUUAUUCCGGAGAAGGAAUACUUGGUUGAUCUGGAGGGCCUUCUCCAUUACCUCUACCGCAAGAUCAACGAGAACAGUGAAUGUACCUAUUGUCAUGUGAUCAAGAACAGCCCCGCCGCCAUUCGCACCCACAUGAAGGACAAGGGUCACUGCAUGAUUGCUUUCGAGUCCGAGGAUGAGCAGAUCGAGAUCGGACAAUACUACGACUUCCGCAGCACCUACUCGGAUGAUGAGGGCGAUUGGGAGUCCACGACUAGCGAGACGCCUGAAGAAGGUGGUGUCAAGAUCGAAGGCGAAGACGAGGGCUGGGAGACUGAGACCUCUGCAUCAUCGAUUGAUGAAGAUGAGAUGGACAAUCGCAAGAGUGCACCCGUGGUCUACGCUACUGAAUACGAACUGCACCUUCCUUCAGGACGAAGCGUCGGUCACCGCUCCCUCGCCAAGUACUAUCGCCAGAACCUACACAACUACCCCUCUGCGGAUGAGCGUGCGGCCCGGCAGCUCGCCAUCGAGAACGGUGAAGCCAUGGAUGUGGAUGAGAAGCCCCGCGGCCGUAACCUCAACCGAGCUCUUAUCACUCGUGCCAACGGCGGUACGGGCAUGAUCGGUGUUUCGGACACCCAGAAGCGCCUGGUGGUGGAAAGCGAGCGCAAGGAACGCACUCGGGCUAUCCGACAAGAAAUGCGCUACACCGCUCGGGUGAAUCGCGCAAGCAACAACCAGAAACACUUCCGCGAUCCUCUCCUGCAAUAAACUCAUGCGCACGUUCUAUCUGCAUCUCUUGAUGAGUACAUGACUUGGUUGAGGUUGUCUGGUUUUUCGCUGCCUCUUGGGUUUCUGCGCCAUGUUCCGAGCAUUUCGUAUUGGAGUUGUGGUAGGGUACAUAUUUGUACAUACUUUCGUAUGACAAAAGUUUCGAAUAUAUUAUCACAGAGAUCUAUAUAACUGAUUGGUCGUCUGAUUGCUAUCCGUCGGCACUCC